AAAGAAAUAGAAAAAGGCGGGACGAUAAUUGAUAACGGAUGUGAUCAUGUGAAAGAAUAGUUGGGAAUCGCUGAGGGACAAAGUUGAUCCUUCCCUUCAUUGUCAGGGUACGACCGCCUUGUGAAAUGAGUUGUCUGGGUUCCUCCUCAGGUCACUGUCCUCGCCACUUCACCUUCCCCCAAACCUUCCUCUCCUCGGUUUUCGUCUCCUUUUCUAGUGUCACCUGUUUUUUUCACAAUUACUGUAUCAUUUUAAAAUUGCCGAAGGGGCCCGAUACAAGUAUCUGCCAAAGUUGUCUGCACCAUAUUCUUAUCCUCUUUCACCUGAUCGUCUCUCCUACUCCCCUCUCUCUCACGCUCUCCUUUUUCAUCCCUCACCACCUUUAUUUUCAGCCUUCUAAGCGCAGUAAGGCCUGUACUCCUUUCCAAACGUGUAAUCGAGGUUGCGGCCUUUCUGGUCUGUCGUGGCCGCUUUUCUAAUUCUCUUCCUGUUCCUCGUUUAAUUUGCUUCUCUGCUCGAUUUCCUUUCAUUUCUUGAUAAUUUCUUGUUCUCCAUAAAUCGAAGAGAAUUUCCCACUGCAGUCUUAAUUUCUUCCGAUGAGCGGUGCGUUGAGUGGUUCUGUUGAGGGCUUUUCAUCCUUCGCGGUUGAAACUAUUUGCAGCGAAAUUUCUCAAGCACUUGAGGUGCGAAAACUGAGAAUCCUGUGAUUUAUGAGGUCCCGUGUCCUUGGAGUUGGAGCCGUUGGAAGAAGCAAAUUAUUGAAGAUUGAGCUGGUUGAAAUGAAAAAUGAAAAGUCGGAGGAACGCAUCCUGUGAGUGGAGUCUCGAGAUACUCGGCGGUUACGAUAAAAAGUGCUAAACUUGUGGUGCACGAGUUGAAAAUGGAGGCAUCGAAUCAGAAGUCUCUGGAGAGAGUGGUGUCACAGAAGGCUCUGCAAAUGGGAAGCUCUUUUCCAUGUCAAAUUUGCGUGGUGGGAUUUCUCUGCGGAGUCUGCCUCGCCUCUUUCUUGUUGGCUGCUCUUACUUCCUUCAGCUCUUUUCAAAUUGGUCCGCUGUCAUUCUCUUCCAUGUCCUUAACUAAUUCAAGUUCCGGCGUUUUAAGUAAGGUUACAGCUACGGGGUGUGAUUUGAAACUGAAGGAAACAGAGAGAUUCACGGAUUUGAAGAUAAGUAGAGAGAGAAACAGCGAUGGGAGAGUGUCUUUACUUUACUCAGCUUGGAGUGGUUUGUUGGCCAAAUCUUCAAGUGAAACAUUUGAGGAGCUGCAGAAACUUGGAAUUAGUAGGUCCAGCUUGCCGAGGGCACCUCAUUUGGAAGACUGCAAGGUGACAGCAAAGCUAUACGAGCGCCUUGAUAAGCGUACUGGGAAUGAGAGCUUCCCUCCAUGGACUAGUUGGAAAGGAUUCUUGCCUGCCUACCCUGCUUCUGCAAACAAUGCUCACAUUCAAUAUUUUAGUCACAAGGCUGCAUCUGACGGCGCUUAUCCUCCCUGGGUUGCAGGAUCUGAUGAAGAAAACUAUCCUUUGACUAGAAAAGUGCAAAGAGACUUGUGGAUGCAUCAGCAUCCACUGAACUGCCGCGACUCAGAUGUCAAGUUCCUUGUAGCUGACUGGGAAAGGUUACCUGGGUUUGGCAUGGGGGCUCAGAUUGCUGGAAUGUGUGGACUUCUUGCUAUUGCAAUCAGUGAAGGAAGAGUCCUCGUCACCAACUACUAUAACAGGGCUGAUCAUGAUGGUUGCAAAGGGUCUUCCCGGUCUAGUUGGAGUUGCUACUUCUUACCUGAGACAUCCCUGGAAUGCCGCAACCGUGCUUUUGAACUACUAAAAAGUGAAGAGGCGUUGAGAAAGGGAGUUGUGACCGCUAAAGAAAAUUAUACAUCAAAACAUAUAUGGGCUGGACCAACACCUAGGAUAUGGGGUGAGCCUUGGAAGUAUUUGCAACCAACAACUGAAGUAAAUGGCAGCCUGCUUGCUUCUCAUAGAAAAAUGGAUAGACGGUGGUGGAGAGCACAGGCAGUACGCUACUUAAUGAGGUUCCCAACUGAAUACACGUGCAAUUUAUUGAAUGAGGCCCGUCAUGCUGCAUUUGGUAAAUUAGCUGCCAGAAUGGUUCUUGGCGGUCUAGCGGGAGACUGGCCAAAGAGGACUAGUGAGAAGCGAAGGUCUGAUAUUGAUGAUUAUGUGUGGUCAAAUCACAAGGCAUGGGUCCCAAGGCCUCUUCUAAGCAUGCAUGUAAGGAUGGGAGACAAAGCGUGUGAAAUGAGAGUGGUGGAGUUUGAAGAGUACAUGCAGCUUGCCCACCGGAUUAGGAAUCGAUUCCCUAACCUUGACAACAUCUGGCUCUCUACUGAGAUGCAGGAGGUGAUCGACAAAAGCGGAGAAUAUCCUCAUUGGAAGGUUUACUAUACGAAGAUUAUAAGGCAGGAGAGGAGUAACAUGUCAAUGGCGGAUUACGAAAGGAGCUUGGGUAGGGAAAAGAGCACUAAUUAUCCAUUGGUGAAUUUCUUGAUGGCUGCGGAUUCGGAUUUUUUUGUGGGAGCACUGGGUUCCACUUGGUGCUUCCUAAUAGAUGGGAUGAGGAAUACUGGGGGGAAGGUAAUGGCUGGUUACUUGAGCGUCAACAAGGACAGGUUUUGGUAGAAGAGUCCAUUCUUGUAAAUAGGUCUAUGGUCAACCAAACCCUUAUUAUUCUUUCUUUGUAUGCAUAGCAAUGACAAUGAUAAUGGUAAUACACCCUUAUCUCUGAUGAGAGUGAACUAAAAUUCGUUGGUGCUUGA